GCCUGUUCAAAAAGCGGAUGCUUUCCCCUAGUUAUUUCAAUUCCCCUCGGCUGAACCUUGUCCGUCAACCAAGUGUUGUUUAAUGUGGUAGUUUUGUCGAGACUCGGUCAUCAAAGCGAGCCAUGGAGAGGCUCUUAAACAAUAUGCAGGGUCGCGACACACCUACCAUCCCAGCGGUUUGCUUCGAUGCCUGCAAUAAUGCCAAUCUCGAAGCACAGGCACGAGGGAAGGUUCCCAGUUUAUGCGACCCUGGCAGUGCAUUUCUCCAGUAUUUGGAGGACUGCAAUAAAUGCAUAGACCAAAACGGGGGUGAAUCUGCAGCAUACGUGAGCGAAUCGUUCGCUCAAUACCUCAACUUUUGCAGCGCCUCCUCAGCUACCGCUACUGGUAUUCAAGCGGAGCCAACCUCAGCAACAGCUACUUCAAGUAUAUCAUUACUCAGUUCCCAUGAAAUUUCGCCGCCAAUACCUACAUCGUGGCUCACUUACUACGAAACCUUGGAACGAAUAACAGCAUCCAACUUGGCAAUGGAAGGUACAACGAUCGCAGAAAGCACGGUCAUUUAUGUUCCUAGCACCAUCACCUCAACAAAACCGGCAUAUUUCUUCCACGUCUCAGUUCAGUCUCUAGUGUCUUCAUACAUUCCGCUCGAGGUAUUCAGCGACCUUGCCGCAUCCGCAGUAUCCGCGGCCUCCGCGGCCUCUGUCACCGGCGACCCGACUAGCCUAAUAUAUGCGGCCCUUGAGGACGUCUCCCGGCCGCCGUGGUUUUCCGCCGCCGUUCCUGCUACUUACACGGCCGAAAUGAGUUCGUUGGAGGCGAGCAUAAAUGAAUUGAGGGCCACCCCUAUCUCGACGUUACUUGUCUCAAGCGCGAGUGACUCGGCAGCUGCUUCAGUAAAUUCUUUGGUGGAUGACACAGCCUCCCCCGACUCAGGCAAUAAAGCGUGGAUAGCCGGCGCUGUCGUCGGUUCCGUAGUCGGCACAGCCUUGAUAAUUCUAGGGAUGAUUCUAUUCUUGAGGCGUCAGAAGCUGGCUGCGCGAGUUAGCAACCGGGGGGAUGAUGCGGACGAGAGUACAUAUAUGACAGGUUUUAAGCCCGAGCUGCACGCAGAGGCUGUACAGCGGCCCCCACAGGUCUAUGAGAUGGAUGCCUCGCAGAGUCCUUCAGAAAUGGCAGUGCAGGAGAAGCCCCAGGAAUUGCACGCUGACCGAUAGAGUAUUGAAACGGAAGAACAAUUUUCUGAUUGAAGAAGGGUUCUGUGCUACAACUUCGAUGGUGGCCAAACGGAUGUCAGAGGCUCAACCGAGCGCAGACAUCUGUGUCGCAUUUGGAGAGACUGCCUCAGGGUGUGUGAUCUUAUUGCGCGCUAACCUUGGAAUAUCGUCCGACGAUGCGGCCGAGGGAAUAGCUUCUGUUACACACUGUACAGCAGACAAGGCGAGAGAAUGGAAGCGCGUAGAUGAGGUUCUUCCAAAGAUGGUGGACGGGUCACAUAGUCUAUAGCUUUAAUCAAUGAUCAAAUUCCGCGGUGCUGUUACCUUAAUGAUUGAUGUAAAGGAUGGGCACAUGAACAAACCAGAAAAUUGGACAGGCAUGACGGGAAACUAGACCGUGACCCAACUCUAAGAUCUACUAUCAUUAAUGACAGAAGUCAGGAUUAUUGAGCGAAGCAUACUUACUUAAUUAAGUACUUUGUAUUUCAAGAAAAGUUCUGCUCAAGCAGGAAGAGUACGGUUAAAAAGAUAUCGAGAAAGAGGGAG